CCCUAUUUCUCCAGAGUUCAACAUUGGAUGACCAAUGCCCAAUGGAGAUCCGGUGCACAGAAGAGGGUCCUGGGCCUGGGAUCUUCAGAGCAGAGUUGGGAGACCAGCAGCAACCCAUCUCUCAGUCCCAGCGUUGGUGCUGCCUGCAACGUGGCUGUGUAAUACUGGGAGCCCUGGGGCUGCUGGCUGGAGCAGGUGUUGGUUCCUGGCUCUUAGUGUUGUAUCUCUGGCCGGCUGCCUCUCCACCCGUCUCGGUGACGUUGCAGGAGGAGGAGGUAACGUUGAGCUGCCCAGGAGUGAGCAGUGAGGAAAAACUCCUUCCAUCUCUUCCCAAAGCAGUAUCUUUCAGAAUAAAUGGCGAGGAUCUUCUGCUUGAAGUGCAAGUAAGGGCUCGGCCAGACUGGCUCCUGGUCUGCCAUGAGGGCUGGAACCCUGCCCUGGGGAUGCACAUCUGCCAGAGUCUUGGGCACUUCAGACUCACUCAACACAAGGCAGUGAAUCUGUCUGACAUCAAGCUCAACAGAUCCCAGGAGUUUGCUCAGCUCUCUGCUAGACCGGGAAGCCUUGUAGAGGAGGCAUGGCAGCCCAGCGCUAACUGUCCUUCUGGCCGAAUUGUUUCUCUCAAAUGUUCUGAGUGUGGGGCAAGACCUCUGGCCUCUCGAAUAGUUGGCGGUCAGGCUGUGGCUUCUGGGCGCUGGCCGUGGCAAGCUAGUGUGAUGCUCGGCUCCCGACACACAUGUGGGGCCUCUGUGCUGGCACCCUACUGGGUAGUGACUGCCGCCCACUGCAUGUACAGUUUCAGGCUGUCCCGCCUAUCCAGCUGGCGGGUUCAUGCAGGGCUGGUCAGCCACAGUGCUGUCCGACAACACCAGGGAACUAUGGUGGAGAAGAUCAUUCCCCACCCUUUGUACAGCGCCCAGAACCAUGACUAUGAUGUGGCUCUGCUGCAGCUCCGGACACCAAUCAACUUCUCAGACACUGUGGGCGCUGUGUGUUUGCCGGCCAAGGAGCAGCACUUUCCACAAGGGUCGCAGUGCUGGGUGUCUGGCUGGGGCCACACCGACCCCAGCCAUACUCAUAGCUCAGAUACACUGCAGGACACAAUGGUACCCCUGCUCAGCACCGAUCUCUGCAACAGCUCAUGCAUGUACAGUGGGGCACUUACACACCGCAUGCUGUGUGCCGGCUUCCUGGACGGAAGGGCAGAUGCGUGCCAGGGAGACAGCGGGGGACCCCUGGUGUGUCCCAGUGGUGACACGUGGCACCUUGUAGGGGUGGUCAGCUGGGGUCGUGGCUGUGCAGAGCCCAAUCGCCCAGGUGUUUAUGCCAAGGUAGCAGAGUUCCUGGACUGGAUCCAUGACACUGUGCAGGUCCGCUAGCUAAAGAAGAAGCAGCUGCUGCCUGCGACACAGAACUGUGGAUCUCCCAUGGAUCAUCCCAGACUGAGGCCCAGCAUCUGGGUCACUGGGCCUUUCCCCAAAGGCUCUGACUUCUAGUUUGUCUUUCUCAUCUGAGAACCCCCACCACAGGGAAGAGUCUGGGGCUGGAUUGGGAAUGAUGGUGAGAGGAAGG